AUGACACAUGACGUAACUCUAGCUAGAGACCCAUACCGCACAGUCCGAGCCGGUGGCGCAAUCAUCAACGAGAAAGAAAGUCGAUUGGCUAUGAAAUUGGUAGGAAACCCGCGGAAUUACUCACCGAGUCAGGCAUCCAUGGCAGUUGCUGUCGAUGAGAAAACUGGGGGGAUUGAAGCAUACCGAAAUCUAUCUUUACCUCGACAAGAAUCUGCUAGGCUAGAAGCAACUGAUGUCAAGAACUUUGUGACUCUCUGUGGGACAAAAUUUAGAGAAGCUCUUGAAAGUGGUUGCUCUGGCGACAGGAACGAAGUGCAUUUUGGAAAAAACCUCACCGAAUCACGCGAUGGUUCAACAAUCAACGACUGUCAUGCUGAAAUUGUCUGUAGGCGUGCACUCAUUCGUUUUCUCUACUCACAGCUUCUCAAAGCACUAAAGUCGAACAAGUCAAUAUUUGAACGAAAAUCGAAAGAUACGUUUGUACUACGAAAAGGCAUUCAUUUUCAUCUCUACAUUAGCAGGUCUCCAUGUGGAGACUCACUCUAUAGCGAAUCUCCUGGUCAUCUUCGUGUGAAGGAAGAAAGAAUACCAAACACAGUCAAACUCAGUGGCUCCGCAAAGCAUCACGGUUUUACGUGUACAAUGCCAUGCAGUGAUAAACUCCUCCGCUGGAAUGUGUUAGGUAUUCAAGGAGCUCUACUGAGUAACUUCAUCUCUCCCAUUUACUGCACAAGUAUUAUUAUUGGUGAUCAGUUCCAACGUGAGUGCAUGAAGCGUGCCGUGUCUGAGAGACUAUUUGGUACAUCAGAUAGUCUGCAACCCCAGUUAUACGACGGCACUAGGCUGGAAGCUCAAGAGGCCAUUCGUGCCCAACUCUCAAAAAACAAACCACGAAAAGCUUCCAAAUGGAGUGUCAACUGGGUGAAAGAUUUUGAUUCUGAAAUAGUCAAAGCAAAAACGGGUAAAAAGUUUGCUGUAAAAACGUCUCGCCUGUGUAAAUACAAACUAGCAGAACAGUUUGUACUAAUAUGGAAAAAAGUUAACGGAACAGCCCAAGAUUCAAUUCCCCAGACAUACAAAGAAGCUAAGCAGAAAGCUGUGAUGUAUCAACUUGCCAAUAAGAAAAUGCACAGACAGUUAGAGCUUGAGUAUGGCACAUGGAUUCAUAAACCAGGUCAAUGUGAUUCAUUCAAACUCAUUUGGUCAUGA